AUAUUUUUUCCGCGUCCGAAAAACAAAUGUGUCAUUUUCGACACUUUAAUUUAUUCUACAUAUCUCAAAUUUUACAGAAUUUUAACGUAUCUUCCGUUAUGCAGAUAAAAAGAGUUUUAUUACGUGUAAAUAAGAGUUAUUUCUGUUGGAAAAAUAACCUCAGCGUCUCAUCCAAAUGCUGUAAUAAUGAUGGACAGGCUAACAAAAAUACUUGCAGUGAAAAUAUUCCUAGAAAGCAAUUUGUGAGCACAGUACCAGCGAGUAAUAUAAAUAAUUUUAAAAGCUUAGGCCCGCUGCUACGCGAGGAGUUGAGCUGGCGCGCCGUGGUGUCGGAGGCGGAGCGGAUGGUGGGCUACCCCACUUCCUUCCUCAACCUGCGCUGGCUCUUCAACGAUGAGAUCGCCGUCGCCGCUACACAGCUUAGGAAACUAGUUGGCACCAAUCAUCCAUUACUGAAGUCGGCUAAGAACAUUCUCAUCGGUUCCAAGAGUAAUCUUCAGUCGGUCGGCUUAAUAGUCCUACUGGUAUCGAAAGCUGCAGGCUUUAAUCCAGCUGAGUUCAGUGAAGAGCUACAUACGUCUGGAGUUUUACACUCACAGAGGGCGUUAGCUGAGAUCGUGGAGAUGAAGAGGACCGGCCACAUCAUACACAAAACCAUGGCCAAUCUUCAAGAAAAGGAGAAGCAUGGAAAGAAAUACGACGAUCUGCUCUGCGGGAAUAAAAUUGUGUUACUCACUGGUGAUUAUCUUCUAGCCAAGUGCUUGGCUCACCUGGGCGGGCUACGCAACAAUGCGGUGACGGAGCUCAUCUCCACCGGUCUACGGGACCUGGUGGAAGGAGACUUCCUCGGGGAGACUGAUGUUGAAGGCAAUCAUCUGCCAACGAAACCUAAAGGUAAAAAUGAAAUCAUAAAACGCUACGAUUGGGAGAAUGAGAAUAACCUGGGUACACUUGGCUCUAACGAGUACCUUGGCCGUGGCAUAGACGAAUGGAAGCUACGCACGAUGCUAACAUCUGGCAGUCUCCUUGCCAAGGGUUGCCAAGCGGCAAUGAAACUUGGCAAACACAGCGAGGAGAUGGAAAGGGAAGCGUACAAGCUUGGUGGACAUUUGGCUAUGAUCUGGCAACUCUAUUUAGACGUCAAAGACUUUUAUACACAUCCGCAUUCCUACUCUAUGGUCAGCGCGCCCGUGAUCAUUGCUCUAUGGGAAUACCCUCAAAUUUAUGGUCACAUAUAUGAAGCGAAAUUAGAAAAGAAGGGAGUAGAAAUUAAACAAUUACACUAUGCGGUGAGAAGUACGAGGGCUAUUGAGUAUUUGAGGAUAUUUUUGGACCAGGAAUUGGAUGCUGUUUUAAGAUGCACGGAAAUGUUUCCAGUAGAAGACGCUAAACACUCUUUACACAAAAUGGCUAUCUCUAUACAUGGAGAAGCGGUAGAAUUUCUGGAAAAAUAAACAUCAAUUUUUGCAAUGAAUAUUUAAAUUAUUAAAUGACAUUUUGAUAUAUA